GGGCGUUUGGUUGGGGGGUUUCAGGAAACGGAAUGGGAAUGAUUCCGUUUCUUGUCGUUUGUUUUUCCAUUUCAAUCAUUCCCUUUACCCUUUUUUAUUUUUCACUUUACCUAAAAUCCCUCUAAUCUCAUUCCCUACCCCCCCCCCCUGACUUUUGCAUUCCCAUUCCCCUCUUCUUUACCCACUUCUUCAUCUCCUCUCUCUGAGCACCCUUCUUCUUCAUCUCCUCUCUCUGAGCACCCCUCUUCUUCAUCUCCUCUCGGCGAGCACCGUCAGCGACCACCACCGUCAGUGACUACCGUCAGCGACCACCGUCAGCGACCACCACCGUCAGCGAUCACCGUCAGCUUGUUCAAGCGCAUUUCCUCUUCCUUGAAAUCGACGAUAAACUCUUUCUUUCCGAUUUAAGUAUUAUGGAAGAAAGUAGUGCAAGUGGAGGUGGAAGGGGGAGAAACAAACGAUUUUGGACCGCUCAAGAAGAUGAAGUCCUUGUGGAAGCAUUGUCAGAGCUAGCUGUAGAUCCUCACUGGAGGUGUGAAAAUGGAUUCAGAAGCGGUUAUAUGGUUCGCUUGGAGGAGGUCAUAGGUAAGGCUCUUCCUGGUUGUGGUUUAAAGGCUACACCACACAUUGACUCUCGGCUUAAGACACUUGGAGCCAAGUUUAGGGCUAUUUCUCAAAUGUUAAAUACAAGUGGAUUCGUUUGGGAUGAUGAAAAAAAAAAUGGUUUCUGUGGACCGGGCUGUUUAUGACGAGUUUUGCAAGGUGCACCCCCUUUUAAGGUCCUUUUAUAGUGAGUAAUCUGUUUUUUUUUUUUUGUUGAAAUUCAUGGAUUGUUGAUUACAUUGGUUGAUUGCUAUGAGAUUAUAAUUGUUCAUUGGAAAAUAUGCCUAGUCAAAUUGAACCAACAUUUAGAAAUAUAUGGUUGUUGCAUUUGAUAUGACUGUAUGUUGUGUAUUUGAUGUUGUUGAUGAGCAUUUUUAUGUCUUCCAGAGUCAUCCUAAUUGCAAAAACUUGUAUGGAAUUUCUUUCCCCCACUUUCAUGAACUCGAGAAAAUUUAUGGCAAGGACUAUGCUACUGGAAAACCAGCUGAAGGUUUUGCUGAUGCAGUCAACAACUUGGAAAAAGUUGCCCCUCCACAAGUUACACUUGAUUCAAGUGAUGAUGAGGAUGUUCUAUGUAGUGGUAAUGUCACUCAAACUGUUACCUCUCCUCCUUAUAAAAAGAUCAAGACUGAAAACACUACAAAAAAAAGUAAGAGAGGAAGUGGUGGUGCCGGAAGUUCUAAUGAGCUCGCUAGCUUACAAGCAUUUAUGAAAGACAUGAAUGUUCAUCUUUCCACUAUGGCUACUGUGAUGGCACGCACUGAUGAUCGUGAACAACGUGCGGAUGAAAGAGAGCAAAAAUUAGUUGAAAAGAGUGAACAAGUGCUAGAGGAACUACUCUCUUUUAAUCUUGAAGGUGUCACUCCUACCCAAGUUUUUGAAGUGGCUAACAUUCUAACCGCACAACCUAACAAGCUCAUGAUAUUUUCAAAGUGUCCGGAUGCUUUGAAAGGUGCUUAUGUUAAGAGUCUUCUUGGAGGAAGCGGUGAUGGUAGUGCCUAAUAAAUUUUAUGUUAUGGUUUUAUGUAUGGUUUUGUAUUAGGAAGGAUUAUUGGCAAAGACUUUGGUUGAAUGUCAAUCUUAUUAGAAUACUUUUGGUAUGAACUUUUAUCUAUGAACAAGUACUUUGUAAUCAAUGGAGCAUGAAAAAUGUUA